UUUUAUCACUCGUGACUCACCACUCCGAGACGAUUCUCGGAUCGUUCUUCUUCUUCUUCUUCUUCCUCCUCAGAUUUCAAUUCUCUCCCCCCCUACGCCUCUCCAAUCUUCAAUCCUCUCCUCUGAUUUGUGAAAUUGUUUCCCUGAAAGAUCAAAUGCCGACGAAUUUUCGAAGACCCAGAAAUUGCAUGAGAAAAAUUCCCCUCUCAGAAGCCUGAUAUGGUAAGGGUUGAAUUAGAUGAUUUGUGAAGUUACUGAAUGGUAGAGUUGAUGGCUUCAUCGCGCUCCUCUGGGUCUGACCCUGGAUGGGAGCAUGGUGUUGCUCAAGAUGAGAGGAAGAAGAAGGUUAAAUGCAAUUACUGUGGAAAAGUAGUUAGUGGUGGCAUUUAUAGACUAAAGCAACAUUUAGCUCGUGUUUCUGGAGAAGUAACCUACUGUGAUAAAGCUCCAGAGGAAGUAUAUUUGAGAAUGAAAGAAAAGUUGGAAGAAUGUCAUUCCAAUAGGAAAAAAAUGAGAUCUGACAGUGGUGGACAAGUUUAUUUAAACUUCCACUCUAAUGUUGGUGAAGAGGGUGAUGAACAUAUUGGCUAUAGAAGCAAAGGGAAGCAAUUGAUGAGUGAUAAUAACAUGGGUUUGAACAUAACUCCCUUGCGGUCAUUAGGAUACACUGAUCCAGGCUGGGAACAUGGAGUUGCUCAGGAUGAAAGGAAGAAAAAGGUAAAGUGUAAUUAUUGUGAGAAAAUAGUUAGUGGUGGCAUCAAUCGGUUCAAACAACAUCUUGCUAGAAUUCCUGGAGAAGUGGCACCAUGUAAGAAUGCUCCUGAGGAAGUGUAUCUUAAAAUAAAAGAGAAUAUGAAAUGGCACCGCUCUGGGAAGAGACACAAACGCCCUGAUGACAAGGAGAUCUCUGCUCUCUCUUUAGAAUCAAAUGAUGAUGAUGAUGAUGAAGAGGAUGUGCAAGAGGAGGAUGUUAUGGGCCGAACAAGCAAGGAAAAACUGUCAAUCAGCAAUAGAGGACGAGGCAAAGAUUUGAGAAAUACUUUCAAAGUCAUGUCUCCUAUUUCUGAACCAUUAGUGAAAAAAUCACGUUUAGAUUCUGUUUUCCUGAAUGUAGCAAUGAGUCAAGCACCACUUUCUUGUAAAAAGGCAAGAGGAAAAAUGGGCUACGGUAAGAAAUUCCGUGGGGAAGUAUAUUCUGCAAUUUGCAAAUUUUUUUACCAUGCUGGAGUUCCAGUGGAAGCAGCAAGCUCCCUCUACUUCCAUAAGAUGCUAGAGUUGGUAGGCCAACAUGGACCAGGCCUAAUUAGCCCCUCAAGCCAAAUGAUAUCUGGACGCCUUCUACAGGAGGAAAUUGCAACAAUUAAAAGCUACCUAGUUGAGUAUAAGGCAUCCUGGGUAACUACUGGCUGUUCUAUUUUGGCUGACAGUUGGACAGAUACAGAGGGUAGGGCAAUAGUAAACUUUUUAGUUUCUUGUCCCCGUGGUGUCUACUUUGUUUCUUCAGUAGAUGUCACCUAUGUGUUAGAUGAUGCUGUGAAUUUGUUUAAGUUGCUGGACAAAGUGGUCGAAGAUGUGGGUGAGGAAAAUGUAGUCCAGGUAAUCACUGAGAAUACUCCAACUUACAAGGCUGCUGGUAAGAUGCUUGAAGAGAAGAGGAGAAAUUUAUUCUGGACCCCAUGUGCCACCUAUUGUAUCAAUCAGAUACUUGAAGAUUUUUUGAAGUUGAAGUGUGUGUGGGAGUGCAUUAAGAAGGGCCAAAGAGUUACAAGGUUCAUUUACAACCAAGUUUGGUUGUUGAAUCUUAUGAAAGAAGAAUUUACCUUGGGGCAAGAACUCCUUAUGCCAUCUUUAACCCAGUCUGCUUCCAGCUUUGCAACUUUGCAUAAUUUGCUGGAUCAUAGGACAAGCCUUAAAAGAAUGUUCCAGUCCAACAAGUGGUUUUCAUCUCGGUUCUCCAAAACUGAGGAGGGAAAAGUUGUCGAAAAGAUUGUAUUGAAUGCUACAUUUUGGAAGAAGGUGAACUAUGUUAGAAAAUCAGUGAGCCCAGUAAUGGAGGUGCUUCAAAAGGUUUACAAUAGUAAAUGCCUAUCAAUGUCAUAUGUAUACAAUGACAUGUGCAGGGCCAAGCUUGCAAUUAAAUCCAUCCACGAUGAAGAUGCACAUAAAUAUGGACCGUUCUGGGGUGUGAUAGACAACCAUUGGAAUUUGUUAUUCCACCACCCUCUACAUACAGCAGCUUACUUCUUGAAUCCAUCAUGCAGAUAUCAUCCUGAUUUUGUGCCUGUAGGAGAAACACAAAUGCAUAUGGAAGUGGGGCGUGGACUGAAUGAAUCCAUUGCUCGGCUGGAGGUAGACAAUGCAAUAAGGAUUUCUGCUUCCAUGCAGAUCCCAGAUUAUACUUCUGCAAAAGCUGAUUUUGGAACUGAAUUGGCAGUUAGUACAAGAACAGAGCUUGAUCCAGCCGCAUGGUGGCAACAACAUGGAAUAAGUUGCUUAGAGCUGCAACGUAUAGCUGUUCGCAUAUUAAGUCAGACAUGCUCAUCUGUUGGGUGCGAGCAUAAUUGGAGUAUGCAUGAUCAGAUCCGUAAGUUAAGGCACAGUCGCAUAGCACAGAAGAGGUUUAAUGACCUCAUCUAUGUACAUUACAACUUGCGACUCAGAGAAAACCAAAUAAAGAAAAGGCCCUGCAACUCAGUCUCCUUCGACAACAUUCUGGUAGAAAGUUUACUCCAUGACUGGAUUGCAGAGGCAGAGAAAAGAUCCUGGCAAGAAGAUGAGGAAAUCAUUUAUUAUGAAGGGGAAAUGGGAGAUGACGAAGAUUAUAGGAAUGAUCUGAUCGAAUAUGAAUGUGGUAGAGUGAAGCCUGGAAAUGGAUCAUUUGACAUCUCAACCUUUGACAAUGUGGAAUCCUUGGAUGUUAAUCCCACAAAUGCUGUUGGUGCCCCGGGUGAUGAUGAGCUAAAUUUCUACAAUGAUUUAAGUGAUUAACUAAUGUUUGAUGGCUCAACUAACAGUAAGCAACGCAGUCUAGGUAGUGCAGGUAGUGUCUCUACUGCAUUUGUUGACUAUUCAUGGAGACUUGAACUUGUUCUCGCUCUGUUGUUGUCCCUUCUCAAAUUUUUGUCUUGGGACGGUUCUGAAACGUUUGCGUUGUCUAUGAGAUAAUCUGUUCAGCGUUUUUCCCCUCCCAUUCCUCUUUUUUAUUUUGGUUAUUAAGGAUUGAACCUUAAACUUGUGAUUAAAAAUUCAGAUGACUC